GAAACUUGUAUCUGCACAGAACAAAUUCUAGGGUUUUCAGUGAACAAAUUAGGUCCAAAAUUAUAACCCGAAUUUUAAAGCUUUGGCGAAUUUCUGUGUCAUGGAGGAAUCCAUAUGUUUCCGAAUCAAAUUCAGUUCAUAACCAAAUCCUAACCCACCAUUCUAAUGACUUUCAUCAGCGGUGAAUGGCCCGACUUCACUUAAGCACUUUCCAUUUCUUCAUCGUACUCUACUUCUCUUUUGGCUCCACAUUCACCAACUCUAGUCUCUCCGCCUACGCUUCCAGCCACCUCGCCGGUUUUUCAAUAACGGAUUUUGAUUCUGAUGACCUCUUAAUUCAUCAAGACUACUCCCCGCCGGCUCCACCACCUCCUCCUCCUCACGCACCGUCGGUUUCUUGCACGGAUGAUCUUGGUGGGGUGGGCUCUCUGGAUUCCACGUGUAAGAUUGUUUCCGAUUUGAAUCUCACGCGUGACGUGUACAUAGCGGGGAAGGGAAAUUUCUAUAUCUUACCGGAGGUGAGGUUCCAUUGCCCGUCUCCGGGCUGCUCCAUUACUAUCAAUAUAUCGGGAAACUUCUCGUUGGGGGAAAAUUCUUCCAUAGUCGCUGGCAGUUUUGAGCUUGAGGCGUACAGUGCUAGCUUUGACAAUGGUUCAACUGUGAAUACUACGGGUUUGGCAGGGAACCCUCCACCUCAGACCAGUGGGACGCCUCAGGGAGUGGAUGGGGCAGGUGGGGGUCAUGGGGGGCGAGGUGCAUGCUGCUUAGUGGACAAGCAGAAGCUGCCUGAGGAUGUCUGGGGCGGGGAUGCUUAUUCAUGGUCGUCAUUGCAGAAACCCUUGAGCUGUGGGAGCCGGGGAGGGUCCACCAGUAAGGAGGUGGAUUAUGGAGGGGGAGGCGGUGGGCUGGUGACUAUAGAAAUUGAGGUCUUGUUGGAGAUUAAUGGAACCUUGUUGGCUGAUGGUGGUGAUGGGGGGACCAAAGGUGGUGGCGGGUCAGGUGGGAGCAUCUAUAUCAAGGCCUAUAGAAUGAUUGGAAGUGGCUUGAUAAGUGCCUGUGGUGGUGAUGGUUUUGCUGGUGGGGGUGGUGGAAGAAUUUCAGUUGAUGUUUUCAGUAGGCAUGAUGACCCAAAAAUUUUUGUUCAUGGAGGGAAUAGCUUGGGCUGUCCAGAAAAUGCUGGUGCUGCUGGGACCUUAUAUGAUGCUGUGCCUCGGAGCCUUAUUGUCAGUAACCACAAUAAGUCAACAGAUACAGAAACUCUUUUGUUAGAGUUUCCAUAUCAGCCGCUAUGGACUAAUGUUUAUGUCCGUAAUGGUGCUAGGGCUACUGUUCCCUUGCUUUGGAGUCGUGUCCAGGUUCAAGGACAGAUAAGUCUAUUAUCUGGAGGGUCAUUGAGUUUUGGCCUUGCUCAUUAUGCUUCAUCAGAAUUUGAAUUAUUGGCAGAGGAACUGCUAAUGAGUGACUCCAUAAUCAAGGUUUAUGGAGCUUUACGCAUGUCUGUAAAAAUAUUUUUGAUGUGGAAUUCAAAAAUGCUCAUUUAUGGUGGUGGAGAUGUAGCUGUUGCCACUUCCUUGCUUGAGUCCAGCAAAUUAGUUGUUCUAAAGGAGUCAUCUGUCAUACAUUCAAAUACAAAUCUUGGAGUUCGUGGACAAGGUUUAUUGAAUUUAUCAGGCCCAGGGAAUAUGAUUGAGGCACAACGUCUUGUUCUGUCACUAUUUUAUGUUAUUCAUGUUGGACCUGGAUCUGUUUUGCGUGGUCCCUUAGAGAAUGCAACAACUGAUGCUGUCACACCAAAACUCCAUUGUGAACUUCAAGAUUGCCCUUCUGAACUACUUCAUCCUCCUGAAGAUUGCAAUGUUAAUUCGUCUCUGUCAUUUACUCUUCAGAUAUGUCGAGUUGAGGAUAUCACUGUAGCAGGCCUUAUAAAAGGAUCUGUUGUUCAUUUCCAUCGAGCAAGAACUAUAUCUAUUCAGUCCACUGGGACAAUAAGUACAUCUGGGAUGGGCUGCGUAGGUGGUGUAGGUAGAGGCAACUUUUUAAGCAAUGGCAUCGGCAGUGGUGGUGGCCAUGGUGGUAAAGGCGGACUUGCUUGUUACAAUAGUAGUUGUAUUGAGGGUGGUAUUUCAUAUGGAAAUGCUGAUUUGCCUUGUGAACUUGGGAGUGGAAGUGGAAACAAUUCCUCAGAUGAUUCAACAGCUGGCGGUGGUAUUAUAGUGAUGGGUUCUAUGGAGCAUCCACUGUCAAGUUUAUCCAUGGCAGGCUUUCUGAGGGCAGAUGGUGAAAGUAUUGACAGAAGUGAACAAUCAUUUUUUGUUGUGGAUGGUUUGAAUGGAGCUCCAGGUGGUGGAUCUGGUGGAACUGUGCUUCUUUUCCUGCAAACAUUAACUCUUACUGAGACUGCUGUCCUUUCUAGUGCUGGAGGAUAUGGUAGUCCCAAUGGAGGUGGUGGAGGAGGUGGUGGAAGGAUCCAUUUUCAUUGGUCUGACAUUCUCACUGGAGAUGUGUACCAGCCCAUUGCCACAGUGGAAGGAGGCAUCCAUGCAAGAGGAGGAUCAGGUAGGGAUGAUGGUGGUGCUGGAGAAAACGGAACUGUGACUGGAAAAGCUUGUCCUGAAGGGCUUUAUGGAAUAUUUUGUGAGGUAGGUUGUUAACUUUUGCCAUUUAUAGAUUUCCAUAUUUUUUCCUUGGUUUAAGAUGAAAUUUGAUACUUGACCAUGCUUUCAUGAAACCUGUUCUAUAUAAAAAUUGUUUAUACUUUAGUUUACAACUUUACAGGAAUCAUGGGAUAUUUUUCCCCAUUCUUGUACUUAAGUUAUAAAUAGCUACUUGCUAAACAACAUCCUGGAGAAGAGAAGAGAAAUGUUUUGAUACUCUUUUGCAUCAAAUUGAAGUUAUAAAAAAUCAAGCAAUAUCCUUUUUUUUUUUUUAUUGAUAGGCAAAAAAACAUGAUUUUAUUAAACGAGUAUGAUGGGU